AUGCCCUUUAACAAGGAAAACAAUCGAACAAUUCCAGUUCGCAUACUUUUUGAUAAUGGCAGUCAGCGAACCUAUGUGACUGACAAUGUGCGCUCACGAUUGGGACUUAAGCCCAUCAUGAAGGACAAAUUGAAACUGAACACAUUCGGAGAGUCGAGAUACAAGACACAAAACUGUGACAUUGUGAAUUUACAACUGAAGAAACCACAAUGCAAUGAUGUAAUUGAUAUAAUUGCCACAAGUUAUCCUGUUAUUUGUACACCGUUACCCUCCAGGGUGAAUGUUGAAUGCCAACAUUUAAAGGGAUUAGAUUUGGCUGAUGAUUGGGAAUCUUCGGACGGCGCGAUUGACAUAUUGGUAGGAUCAGAUCAUUAUUGGGACAUUGUGAUUGGUGAGACAAGGCGUGGAACGGACCGUUCUGAGCUUGUUGCAGUUGGCAGUAAGUUGGGAUGGCUAUUAUCUGGCCCGGUGCAGGGUUCG